UCUGUGGCUCGCGUGGCUGCUCCCCUCUCUCCUCCCCCACCCCCCUUAUCCUUCCUCCUCUCCAAGGAGAUGAGCGCGCGCACACACAAGCCCCGUGGCAGGCAGCGUCUCGGGGCUGCGGGCAGCGAUGGGAGAAGGCGGGGACUCCCGCGCCCUGGGCUCUGAGCAGCUGCGGCUGGAGCUGGGGCAGGAGAAGCAGAUGAAGGAAAUGCUUGAACUCUCAAUAUUUGAAUUGAGAAACACGAUAACAGAACUUGAAAAAAGACUUAGCAGUGUUGAGGAUGAAGGUAAUGAAUGGAAAACCAGGUAUGAGACACAAGUAGAAUUGAACAGACAACUAGAAAGGCAAACUGGUCUUCUUCAAGAAAAGAUGGAACAUAUUUGUGGAAAUCCAACAGAUAGAUUGUCUUCUAUUCGCUCCUUUGAUCAAAUGCCUGUGGGUUCCUUAAACCAGCUUCUUAAACAACUAGAAGAGGAAAAGAAAAGUCUCCAGAACCAACUGAAGGAUUAUGAGCUUAGACUGGAACAAGAAGCAAAGGCUUACCAUAAGGCUAAUGAUGAACGGCGCAUGUACCUAGCAGAGAUCUCACAGACAUCAGCUACACUUAAAAUUGCUGAGAGGCAGAAAACAGAUGCAGUGCAGAUCAAGAGGAAAAACCAAAUACUGAGAAGAAGACAUAAUGUUCCAGAAAAUCAAAGGAUUCUGGAUCCAAAAAAAGGACCAAUUAAAAAGACUGCAGGAGUGAAACAACUUCCAAAAUUAAAGCACUGACUUAAUAUUCUUAACAAGAACUUCCAAUCACUUUUAUUCUUGUUUCUAUAUAUUUAACUAAAUGUUUCUGAAGAAAAAUGUAUGUACCACAUUGAUUUAGGACACGUUCCAAUAACAAUAGCUACUCAUGAAGAUCUGUGCCUCCUGGCAGCUUCAGAGACUCCCUAUUCUGAGGGAAAAGUAGCCCUCUGUAAUCCUGUGGAAUAGUUCAUUGGGCAGUUCCUGGGUGCCCUCUUAAUGCUGGUGAAGUCUGAGCCUUCCCGGCCUGAUUGCCAGAUGUAAAAACUGAAUCAAGGAAUCAUAGGAAUCAAGUUGGGUGACUCAGGGAAUCACUUAAAUGCCUUAUGCUAGGCAGGUUCUUCCCCACUUUGACUCCACAGCCAGUCAUUGAAAAAAAUUUAAAGGGUUUGUUUUUAGAGCUCAAUGAGGGAGGAGAAGAAGAGAGGAGUGA